AUGCCGCUAAGCGACAUCACCAACGUGGACUCGAGCGAUUCCGACGAUCCCGUCCCCACAAAUCCAAUAAAGAAUCUAAUUCUGAAGGAGACGAGGCCAAAGUCUAAUUUAAGCGACGAUGACAUGCUCGAGUUGUUUCAAAAAACAUUUCAAAUGGUUGGAAAGAAGGGACAUGUUAGUUGGAGCGUUUGUAAAGGAAGGAAAGUUUAUUUUUGAAGAAAUCUUUGGUUCGGCAAUUGUGGGCCGGUUAUGAUGUCGUCGAGCACGUUGGUCUGUUUCAUAAGCGUGAUAUGCAGAAAGCCCUGUACGAUCCCGCCUUCAUCAGUUGUCCUGAAGGUUUUUUCAUGAAGAAAAAACAAAAAAUUGAUGAUAUUAAUUCAGGAAUAAAGUUGGUGGCCCGAUUCGUGCCCCAAAUCGGCGUCCGACAAACUUUGAAUUUAAUUCGCCGGGCGAUUUUGAACAAGGCCACGGAGUAAUUUGGAUACUUAUUUUUUUAAACUUGUAGAAUAAUUUUUUUCAGAGCCCACUGUCGGAAUUACGGGCAACUUGCGUUAACCGUAUGGAAAAAAAUGCGGAGAAAGAAAAUCUUGACGAGAUAAAAAAAGACGUUGAGAAUUAUUUCAUGUCAGGUGGGAGAAUUUUAAGAUUUUUUUGAAAAAUUGAUGUUUUCUUUGUUCAAUUUCGUAGUGCAAUGGUGGCGAUCCUGGCUGUUCAAAAUAUAUCUUAAGUGGUCACUAAAGGGCUCAGAAUCGUCCCAAAGGCGCGGAGGACACCCGGCGCUUUCUCCACAGUUUCUAAGUGAAUUUAAAAUUUUCAGAAGUCGCCGAUGAAGCCGUCAGAUGUCCGGAACCCUUCUGCAAACGAUAUUAUGAUGUAAUUUUUAAAGCAUUUUCUGAAAACAUGACAAUUUCCAGAUGCUUGUCGCGUUUUCCAACGAAAAGGCUUCGAAACCCGAACUCGACAUGACUUUUGGGGCCCAAGUCAUGUUCAUUUUGGACAAUAAUAUGUCGGUUAGUGGGGAAAAUUGUAAUUUUUCCAUUUUAAUCAUCAGAAAAAGUUUAUUUGUAUUGAAAUGUUGUAGAGAAAUCGAAGAAGUAAAUCGGAAUUUUGUGUACUUUGAGCCCUUCAGUAGAUUUGUUGUUUGUUUACUGUUUAUUGCAUCUUCAAUGUAAGAGUACAUGUGCAAUCGACUUUCAUUGAUUUGACUGUGUUUUAAACGGCGGCAGGAGCUGUGGCUUAGGCAGAGAAGUUGUGAAUUUCGCUCGUAGAACAUCAGGUACAAGAGAGGUAGAUUUAUUUUCAUGAAUUUUUAGCUCUUCAGAAGGUUCAAAACUUGUGUAUAGUUGUUUCUUGCUUGAGCCAUCGAAAAAUGGGUCCUGACACGAUUUGAAAAAAGAGACAGUACCUGCUCAGAGGAGAGUGCAGACUCCCUUACAAUCUUAAGCUAGCCAUGUAUGCGCCUUUCGUUUUGCUCCGAGCUAGAAAAUUCUUCUCUUCGAUGCGCACGUACUUUUUCUAACCAUGCGCCUUUAAUUUAGCCCAAAACCUUUUUCUUAUUAAAGGCGCAUGUACAGAGAAAGACCGCGAGUGUUAAAGGGAAAGGUUCUGAAGCUCGGAGGUAGUUUCCAAAGCUUAUUUUGGUGCAUGCGCCUUUAAUUGGACCAACAAUUCUUGUUUUAUUAACGGCGCAUGCACAUGAAGAGCCGCGCACAUUUUCGUUUCCCUCCGAGCUACAGAACCUUUCCAUUUGAGACGCACGGCUUUUUUAUGGGCAUGCGCCUUUAAUUUGGUCUGAAUUUUCUUUCUUAUUAAAUGCGCAUGUACAAAGGAAGACUUCGCGCAUCGAAAGGAAGGGUUCUGAAGCUCGGAGGAAGUUCCCGAGGCUUAUUUUGGUGCAUGCGCCUUUAAUUAGGCCAACGAUUCUCGUCAUAUUAAAGGCGCAUGCAAAUGAAAAGCAGCUCACAUUUUGGUUUCCCUUUGAGCUACAGAACCCUUCCGUUCGAUGGGCGUGGCCUGUUUCCAGACAUGCGCCUUUAAUUUAGCUUAAAUCUUGCGAUGUAUUAAAGGAAUUAUGGAGAAGAGGGUUAUUAAGCUAAGGAGUACAAAAAUACGCGCCUGCGCCUUUAAUUCAGCCCCAUAGUUCUCGUCAUAUUAAAGGCGCAUGCACAGAGAAAAUGAAGGGUUCUGUAGGGAACGAAAAUUGUUAGAAGCUGGGAAGGAGCUAUAGUAUAUUUUAAUAUUUUAACACGUGUUUAAAAAAAAUUAUAAAGUUCAGGUUGAUUUUUUUGAAUAUCAACUUUGAAUGGGAGAAACUAGCUUGAAAACUCAAUUUUUAACAUUUUUGAAAUUUCAUGUACUUCAGAAAGUUCAAAACUCAUUUAAAGGGUCCUGAAACGAUUGGAAAAAAUACAGUAUCUGAUAAAAUUAAUUUUCAAAGUGAAAAUAUCAUUUUGAGGUGCCCAACAACGUUGUUCGUUUGAACGCCGAGCGGCUGUUUUUCCUCGUUUUUCCCUUGAUUCAUCAGGAUGAGGAGGUGAUUUUUGUCAUUAUUCCUUUCAAAUCAGUAUUUUGAGGAAUAAUCAAAUAUAUAUUCCAGGAACGCCAAUAUUCGCUGAGCAAACAGUUUGAAUACGUCAAAAAGAUGCUCCUCGAUGAUUGCUAUAUUCUGAGAGCUGAAGCCGUUAGACAGGUGAAAAUUUGAAAAGUUUUAGGGAUUUUGUUCAUAUUAUGAGGAAAAUGUACAGGAAAAAAGAAAUUUUUAUGAAAAAUUUGAAGUUUUAGCUAUAACUUUAUAUGGAAAUGCAUGAAAUUUUGGGUUCUUUCCAACUUGAAACGGGUUUUUGAUGAUAAAUUGAGAAAAAUUUGGGGGUUUGGCGAAAUUUUCGCUAUGGAAAAGACAUUCAUUAAUGAAUUGUUUAUUAGAAAUAUGAUUUUGGUAAUAUUUUUUUACUCGAGAAGCCCGAUUUUUUUCAAGUUUUAGGCCUUGAAAUUGUUCAUUUUUUUGCGAAAAAGUUAAAGAUUGAGGUUUAAUUUUAUGAAUAAAUGAAGGAUAUUGGGGUUUCUUUGAACUUGAACCGAGUUUUGAUGUAAAAAAAUGGGAAAAAAAUUUGGGGUUUUUCGCUGAAAUUUUGCUAUGGAAAAAAACAUUCUUCAUUGAAAUAUACAUUAGAAAUAUGAUUUCGGUGAUAUUUUUUUACUUUUUGAAGCCCGAUUUUUUUCAAGUUUUUAAGCCUUGAAAUCGGCGAUUUUCAGUGAAAAAGUUGAAGUUUUAGCUUCAAUUAUAAAUAGAAAUACAUGAAAAUUUGUCAUAUUUUCUGUAUAAUUCGGUUUUUUUCGAACUUGAAAAGGAAUUUUUUUGUGUUGAAAACGUGAAAAAAAUGAGGGUUUUGGCUGAAUUUCGCCAUGAAAAAUUGCGUUUACUUUCGAUUCGUUUCUAAGAGUUAUGAUUUUUUUCCGAUUUUUUUAACUAGAGAAUUUAAAUUUUACUCACCUUUUUUCAUUUUUUUCAAACGCUGAAUCAGUUCAAAAACUAAGUCAAGACUUUUUUUAGACCUUGGAAUUUCGAUUUUUUUGUGGAAGUUUGAGCUUUAAUUUAUACCGGAAUAUGUCAAUUUUUCGUUUUUAAAUCAUAUUUGUGUAAAUCGAAUUUUAGGUUGCGAUUUUUGCAUGAAAAAGGGAAUUUUUUUCAAAUUUUGUAGUGAAAAAAACCUUUUUUUCGAGUUCUGAAUCAGUUCAAAAAUUAAGUUCACGUUUUUCCAGGCCAUGAAUCUUUUUUUCUGAUUUUUUUGGUGGAAGUUUGAGCUUUAAUUUAUACGGAAAUGAAUGAAUUUUUCCUUUUUUUCGUAUCAUUUUUUUGUGUUUUUUUAGACUGAAAUUUUGCUAUGAAAAAGUAGAUUUUUUUCAAAUGUCGAAGGGCAAAAACCCUUUUUUUCGAGUUCUAGAUCAAUUAAUUCUUUAGACCUUGUAAUUUCGAUUUUUUUGGUGGAAGUUUGAGCUUUAAUUUAUACGGGAAUGUGUGAAUUUUCGUUUUUUUCGUAUCAUUUUUUUGUUUUUUUAGGCUGAAAAAUUUUUCUAUGAAAAGCGGAUUUUUUUCUAAACUUUCUACUUUUUGAAUUCUGAAUCAGUUCUUAUUUAGACCUUGAAACUCCUCGCCGAUUUCUGGAACCUCUUCCCGCCCAACGUCACCAAGGACAUUUUUGACGACGGUUUUAAAAAAAAAAAUCAAAUAUUUUUUUAAUCUCAGAUCGUUGAUGAUCUCGUGAAGGAUCGUUGCAUCCCGGUUCGGUUGGCGAUUUAUGAGGUUUGGAAAUUUUUUUGACGGGAUUUUUGAGGGAUUUUUUUCUAUUAAUCUUAAUCAGAAUGAGGUUUUCUCGAGUUUUUAAAGUUGAAAAAUUUAGUAAAAUUAUUUUUUUAAAAAGAAUUUUUUUAUUGACUUAGUUGUGAUGCGAGGUCGUUUUUUUAUACUAUUUAAGAACGUUAGGAACAUUUUUAAGCCUAAAAAUAUUAAAAACAAGUUUUUUAGGGCAUGUAGCUCUUGAUUUAUUUUUUUUUAAAGGAUCCUUUAGUCGUACUUUAAAGUAAUUUUAUUCGGUUUCUAGGAGGUUAGGAACAUUUUUAAGCUCAAAAAAGACCAAAAAAGGAAGUUUUUAGGGCAUUUAAUUUUUGAUUUAUUUUUUAAGGACUUUCUAAUGCCCUAGUUGCACGUUUAAGUCAAUUUAUAUGGUUUCUAGGAAGUUAGGAAUAAUUUAUAAUACUCUAGUUGUUUUUUAAGUUCAUGCUUUUAGAAAUUUGGGACGUUUUUUGAGCUCUAAAAAUAUGAAAAUGAGUUUUUUAGGUCAUUUAGUUCUUGAUUUAUUUUUUAAAAGGUUUUAUAAUGCCCUAGUUGUACUUUAAAGUAAUUUAUUCGGUUUCUAGGACGUUAGGAAUAUUUUUGAGCUCUAAACUGAGAAAAUUUUUAGGGGCCACUAUAGAGGAUUGCCAAGGACUACUUGUACACUAAAGUGGCCACUAAACCCACCUCUAUAGUGGUCACUAUUUUCCGUUUUAGUGGCCACUUCAGUAGUUUUUCAUCCAGUAUUCCUUCCAGUAACUCUGAUAAUUUGAAAGCAAACAGAUUGGACCAGUUAUGUUGAUCCAUUGACCCCUAAAGUGGCCACUAAAUUUUUUAGUGGUCUAGUAGCAGAACUUAGACCUCUAUAGUGGCCACUAAUUUUUAACCGCUUAAGUGGCCACUAGUUUGACUACUAUAGUGGCCACUAAGGCGUCAAAUCUCUAUAGUGGCUACUGAAAAUUUUCACAGAAAGGUUGGAAAACGCAGUUUUUUUGGACAUGUAGAUCCUGAUUUAAUUUUUCAAGGACUUUAUCAUCCUCUAGUUGUACUUAAAGGUCUUUUUAUACGGUUUCUUGGAAGUUAGGACAUUUUUGAGCUUAUAAAAGACCAAAAAAGGAGUCCUUCAGGGCAUGCAGUUCCUGAUAGUCGUCCCGGGAUGCGCCAACGCCCUGGAAGUGGCCCUUAAAGUGAUCUGUCCCCGGGGGAUCAACGAUUCCAAUGCGAAAGUUCGCAAGGCCGCCGCCGCCCUUCUUGCAAUCAUUCGGAAACAUCGAUUUAUCAAGGUAAUUGUCGAAAAAAAGUAGGAAAAAUAGAACCAACCCUUUAGGGGCCGAAAAAGUGGUCCCUAUAGGGGUUAAGAGUCUGACCCCUUUGCCCUUAAAGCUCAAGUGGACCCUAUAGGGAUCUCUCAACUUCAUUCAAAAAAGGUUAUAAAGCAAUUUCAACCAAUAAUUGAAUUGAUUGAUCCCUAUAGGGAACCCUAAUUGAAACCUCUACACUUAGAAUCUCCAGAGUGGUCCCUACAGGGGUUAGGGGGGAAAACAGGGACUAUAGUGACCGAAAAAGUGAUCCCUCUAGGGGUAAAAUUAAAGUAGUCUAAAUUGGAGAUUUGGCUCUGACGCCUUAGCCCUUAAAGCUCAAGUGGGCCCUAUAGGGGUCUCUCAAUUUCGUUUAAAAUUAUCGGCUAGCAUGUCCCCUAUAGGGACCACUUUUGCAAGCUUUAGUGACCCCUAUAAGAGUUGAAAAAUGGUCCCUAGGGGUAAUCUUUCAAGAGCCUUUUUUACCCCUAUAUGGGCCACUCUGGAGCUCCGAACUUUUCAGAGCUCAUCUAGGGAUCACUUAAGAGUACUGAUGCCGCUGAAGGGGUCACUAGAAAUGCUGAAUAUUUCGUGUUACUAAAGUAAAAAUGUUCAGCUGACGGACGUCGUGACGAAACCCGAAAUGAUGGCUCGGCUGGCCAUCGAACAGGACGACGAAGUGGCCAAGGAGCUUGUCAGGGCCCUUUAUAUUGUGAGGAAUUUUCUGACACAUGAAAAAAAAAGGAUUUGAGAUAUCUUGUGCUGUAUCUACCCCACAGCCGAGCGAAAAAAAUUUUUUUAAAAACUGAAAUUAUAAUUUUUUUGAAGGGUAAGCCAUAUCCCCCCAUAAAGGGGGAAGGGAGGAGUUUCAGUAUAAGUUUGCUUUCCUCUUGAAAUCGGGGUUUAGAUGAUUUUUUGGUUAUUUUUAAAGGCUCUCCGAGAAUUUUUUUUUUUAAAGCUCUGAAUGGCGUUUUUCGGAAGUUUACAGCUAGAAAUUGAUGAUUUUUUCAAAAUUUCUAGUUUCGUCAAACCAUUUUUUGAACAAUUCUCAAUUUAUUUGGCCUUGUAAGAAGCUUCAAAAAUUUCAUAUGUUGGUCCUGUUGGAAUAUCGAUUUUUCCAGAAGUUUAAAAUUGAAAAGCGAUCUUUUUUUUUUUGAAGUUUCUCUGUCGUCUCGAUUUCAGAUCCUUUUUUGACUGGUUUUCGAAUUUUUAGGCUUUCUAAGUAGCUUGAGAAGAUUUUUGGACCUUUUUCCAUAUUUCUGGUUUUUUUUAAGUCAGAGAAGGUGGAAAAAGGCUCAAUAGAAGUGUUCCUUUUUUGCUGACUUUUGCGCCAUUUUAUCGGCUUUGAUGCACCAUUUUUGCUGCCUUUCCCUUUUUCAACCAUUUCCUAGGCCUUUAAAAUUCCAGGAAAAAUGGAAGGCUUGGUAAAGGGACCCUUUUUGCUGCAUUCCUGCGGCCUUUAUGCAGCCUUUUUGUUGCCUUUAUGCAGCCUUUUUGUUGCUUUUUUGAUGCCUUUUUGUUGCCUUUAUGCAGCCUUUUUACUGCCUUUAUGCAGCCUUUUUGUUGCCUUUUUGAUGCCUUUUUGAUGCCUUUUUACUGCCUUUAUGCAGCUUUUUUGUUGCCUUUUUGAUGCCUUUUUGUUGCCUUUUCACUGCCUUUAUGCAGCCUUUUUUUGUUGCCUUUAUGCAGCCUUUUUACUGCCUUUUAUGCAGCCUUUUUGUUGCCUUUUUUUGAUGCCUUUUUUUGUUGCCUUUUUCACUGCCUUUUAUGCAGCCUUUUUUUGUUGCCUUUAUGCAGCCUUUUUACUGCCUUUUAUGCAGCCUUUUUGUUGCCUUUUUGAUGCCUUUUUUUGAUGCCUUUUUACUGCCUUUUAUGCAGCUUUUUUUGUUGCCUUUUUGAUGCCUUUUUGUUGCCUUUUUCACUGCCUUUUAUGCAGCCUUUUUUUGUUGCCUUUUAUGCAGCCUUUUUUUACUGCCUUUUAUGCAGCCUUUUUGUUGCCUUUUUGAUGCCUUUUUUUGUUGCCUUUUUCACUGCCUUUUAUGCAGCCUUUUUUUGUUGCCUUUUAUGCAGCCUUUUUACUGCCUUUAUGCAGCCUUUUUUUGUUGCCUUUUUGAUGCCUUUUUGAUGCCUUUUUACUGCCUUUAUGCAGCUUUUUUGUUGCCUUUUUGAUGCCUUUUUGUUGCCUUUUCACUGCCUUUAUGCAGCCUUUUUUUGUUGCCUUUAUGCAGCCUUUUUACUGCCUUUAUGCAGCCUUUUUGUUGCCUUUUUGAUGCCUUUUUGUUGCCUUUUCACUGCCUUUAUGCAGCCUUUUUGUUGCCUUUAUGCAGCCUUUUUACUGCCUUUAUGCAGCCUUUUUGUUGCCUUUUUGAUGCCUUUUUGAUGCCUUUUUACUGCCUUUAUGCAGCUUUUUUGUUGCCUUUUUGAUGCCUUUUUGUUGCCUUUUCACUGCCUUUAUGCAGCCUUUUUGUUGCCUUUAUGCAGCCUUUUUACUGCCUUUAUGCAGCCUUUUUGUUGCCUUUUUGAUGCCUUUUUUUGUUGCCUUUUCACUGCCUUUUAUGCAGCCUUUUUUUGUUGCCUUUUAUGCAGCCUUUUUUUACUGCCUUUAUGCAGCCUUUUUGUUGCCUUUUUGAUGCCUUUUUGAUGCCUUUUUACUGCCUUUAUGCAGCUUUUUUGUUGCCUUUUUGAUGCCUUUUUGUUGCCUUUUCACUGCCUUUAUGCAGCCUUUUUGUUGCCUUUAUGCAGCCUUUUUACUGCCUUUAUGCAGCCUUUUUGUUGCCUUUUUGAUGCCUUUUUGUUGCCUUUUCACUGCCUUUAUGCAGCCUUUUUGAGCCUCUCAUAUUUAGCGGCCCUUUUCCACCAUCCCGAGUAAGAAUUCGAUUUUUCGACCUUUUGGCAAUAUUUUCAAGAUUUUUCUGUGAAAACCUUGACUUUCUGAACUUUUUCCUUGUCAUUUGAAGCCUUGUCAGUGUCUCAAAAUGAUUUUGAACCGUUUUUCUUGAUAUUCCAUGCAAUUUCCAGACAUGUGACCCGGAAAAAGAGACAUUCGACGUGGUCGUCUACAAGUACGUCCAAACUCUGGCCAACGUCAGCCGAAUGGCCGCCUUGAAUUAUUUUCGGCUCGUCUACGACCUGAAACUUCUGAACAUGGAAACUGCGGGUCUUAAAGCUUCAGAAAUUGUGGAAAAAUGAACAUUUUUCCAGUCGGCUACAUAUCCCGGAUGACCAAAUUCGCCUACCGGAUCAUACGGAAAAAUGGGAAAACCGGCGAACUUUUGAGUAUUCAGAAAAUUGGAAAAAUUCUAGGUUUGAAAUGAUUUUUCAGCCGAUGAGGAUCCGAAAUUGAUUUCGGCCAAGCUUUUUCUGGACUGUGCCGCCGUUUUGAGCCAUUCCAUUCGGAAGGUAAAGCGUUAGGGGGAUUUCAAAAUCAGUGUUCACAAAAAAAAAAUUUCAUUUUUUUUAUUUUGAUUCGCCCAGUGUGAUAAUCCAUCAUUAGAAAUGCGGACCCAACUGUCCAAGCCAUUCCCUCUUCCUGUAGCCGGGUUACGGUAUCACCUGCGUAUCUAAGUAUUGAUCAAUUUUUUAUGGGCAAGUUGUAUAUCAAUCGAUAGGUAAUGCAAUUUUUGAAGUUUUUUCAGUACAUACUAUAUUAGGUUACUGUAGAAAUUUUUUGAAAUACGGUACUUUUUGUCUUUGGGCCAUUGGCCGGGAAAGUUACUUCUCUCAAAGAUGUGUUAGCUACAGUUUGAUACCAUUUCAUGUAAAAACUUCGGAGACCAAGCACCUACCGCAACCCGGCUUUCAGAAAGAUCAAACUACAUAUAAACAAUUUUUGAUCAAAAAACCGUUUUUUUCGGGUCAUUCCUGACUGAACUUUAGUUACACUAAGGUGUUUCGUAAUAUUUUUUUGAAAUUUCGAAUUUUCUGACAUUUUACCAAGGGUUUUUAUACGAACUAGGAAGGUUAUGCCGUGUUCAAAACCAUCUCUGACCCUCCAAAAUCUACCUAUCUUUUCUCGCCCCUGACCGCUAUUUUGAGUUUCGCAUUUUGGACACGGCAAGACGUGGUUCGUUGAAGUAAAACUGGAUGAAAUUUGAAAAAAAUAUUCAUUUUUUUCACUUUGAAGGACUUGUCGGAGGUGACGGACCCGAAGAUCAAGGUGGCGACGGCGAGUCUGAUCUCGAUGCAGAGCAAGUUGGUGAACAACUUGUUGGAGGAGUACAAGGUCUGCUGGCAAAGAUAACCAGAGUCAAAACUACUAUAGACGGUUCAGAUCUUGAAUAUUCAAUAGCUAACUCAAAUAAUUACUAACGUGUAAAUUGAAUAAUGGGCCAAGCUCCCAAGCGGUCGGUUCUUGUCGUAAAGCGUGUACUAAUAUUUUUUUUUAUACAAAAAAUACGUUUUUGUGAAGCUCGCUAUAGAAUGUCUUAAUGUGCUCAUUUUGUUUGGUUAAUACUUUUUUCUGAUUUCCAGAACUCUUCUCUGGUUGGAACUUUGACCAUGCUCGUCAGUUGGUUCCCCAGAAAGCACCUCCAAGAUCUGGCCAUGGAAUGUCUGGAGAUCCUGGACGAGCCUGACCUCACCGCUGAUCACGUCUCCAUUUAUGCAGAAGUCGUCGCCAACUUCGACAUUGGGCUUCUUUUCAAGAAAAUCAAGAAAGGUGGGAAAGAGGGAGAAAAAAGCGAUUUUUGGGCUUUUCAAACCGAAAUUCGGUUAAAAGCUGUCGUGUAGGUGAUCACUUUCUAGAGAGGUCCCUAUAGGGGUAACCUAAGGGGGCUCUUGAAGGAUCCCCUCUAGGGACCACUUUACCAACCCCUAGAGGGGCCACUAAAUCUUGCAAAAGUGGUCCUUAUGUGGGACAUCCUGAACUCUAAGCCAAGAAGCAUUUUCAUGGGAAAAAAAACUGAAUAAAUAAGUUUUUGAAUGAAAUUGAGGGAUCCCUGUAGGGCCCACUUGAGCUUUAGGGGCUAAAGGGUCAGACUCUAAAUCCCUAUAGGGACCAACUUGAUUUUACCCCUACAGGGACCACUUUUUCGGCUCCUAUAAGGGUCUUUUUCCCUCCUAACCCCUAUAGGGAAUACCUUAAUUUUACCCCUAUAGGGACCACUUUUUCGGCUCCUAAAAGGGUUUUUUCUCUCCCUAACCUCUAUAGGGACCACUCUGGAAUUCUCAAAGUUAUUUUUCAACGGGAAUAUUGAUCUAAAAGUUGAAAAUAUUUCUAUGAGCUAAAAAAAAAUCUGAACUUCCAAGUAUUUUCCUCUCAGAUUUGGCCAUCUCGCCAGACGAUUUGACCUUCAAUAAGCUAUCGCCAGUGCCCAAACGCAACAAGAAAGCGGAUAAGGUUUUCUCAGCUAUCCUGAGCAAUACUGUAAAAAAAAAAGUCGAUUUCAGGAUUCGACACCCGUUCAGAAGUUCACGCGGUCCGUAAAUUUGCUGAAAUUUGUCCUGCGCGACUUCACAUCCAACUCCUACAUCACCUCGAACAGCAGCGAUUGCUUGAGCCAUUUGGAGGAGUUUUACGAGGUAAAAAAGGCGCGAAGUUAGAGGAAUGUGCGCUCUAUUGAUAAUUAUUGAAAAGCUUGAGGUGAUCUGAAAAAGAGUUUAUGGAACCCAGGAAAAAAAGGCCAGGUUUCUGAUCAAUAAAACAUUUUACCGUUCCGAGUUCCUUGGGGCGCAUUUACCUCAAAUUUUUGGCUUCUUUUCGAAGCAUUUUUUGACUUGAGUGAAAAUCGCGUUAGUUUAGAGGAAUGAGCGCUCUAUUGAUAAUGAUAAAAAAAACUUGAGGUGAUCUAAAAGAGAUUUUAUGUAAACCAGAAAAAAACCCAGGUUUUCUGUCCCGAUUUCCUUGGGGCGCAUUUGCCUCGAAUUUUUAGCUCAGAAUUUCAAGACCGAUUUACUUUUUCAAUCCAUUUUUAGACUUUAGGAAAAUGGCGUUAGUUUAGAGGAAAGUGCGCUCUAUUGAUAAUGAUGGGAAAGCUUUAGGUGUUCUGAAAUUAAGUCUCAAUUUUAAGUACAUGAAAAAGUAGCUUGUAUGAGAUAGCCGCAGGAAAAUCAAGCCAGUGAAAGAUCGCUCUACGGAUAAAACAGGAUUUUUUGCAAAAAGGCCCAAGCUCGGACCGCCCAGCCUGACCCGCAAGCCUGAGCCUAAAAAUCGCUUCUUCAAGACUUUUUUUUUCUUAUGCACUGCUUUUUCUGACCUUCAAAGAGUAGGAGAUUCAGAAUAUUCAUUUCAGAAGCUGGAAAUAGUUAAAAGCGUGAUUGCGUCAAGGAUACUGGGAAAAGAACUGCUUGUGCCAGAUAAACUGCUUUUCGUCGCCUUCGAAAUCCGACAACUUCUUCCGGCCCUCAUUUUCAAGUGUCAGGUAGGGUAUCGAAGGGGUUUCAGUUGAAAAUUGGAUUAGAAAAGGAGUUGGUAUUUCUGACGUCAUUUUUUCAUUUUUAUGACGUCACUUUGAAACCGAGACAGAGCCGGGCAGUGUCUGGGAGAAAAAUUCCCUCAUUUAGAUCGUAGAAGUUCACGAAGAAAUGUUCCACAUUGUUAUUUUUGACGUUCAAUCGGAAUUAUGACGUCACUUCGAAACCGGGACAAUACCGGGCAAUAUUCGGGAGGAGAACUCUCUCAUUUGGUCCGAAAUUAUGACGUCACUUUGCACCCGGGACAAAGUCGGGCAGUAUUAGGGAGAAAAUUCCCAUUUUUGGGCUCAUAAAACAGUCACGAAGAACUGUUCCAAAUCGCGGUUUUGGAAGUUGAAUAGCCUGAGUGUUGAAUUAUGACGUCAUUUUGCAACCGGGUCGGAUCCGGGCAGUAUUCGGGAGAAAGCUAUCUUCUUGAAAAAUUUGCUCAAAAAACAAUUUUUCUUUUUUUGGAACAAAAUUUGCUGAUUUUUGCAUGGUUUUCCAGGCUGAAGCGAAGCAAUACUGCGCGAAAAAGGAGCCGUUCGUCGAGAAUAUGUGCGCCGACCUGGAUUGGUACAACAAAAUGACGGGAAUCGCCCGGACGCAGUUCGGCGGCGACGACGACGUCUGCAUCGACAUCACCGACUUUUUCAUCUCCUUGACCAAAGUUGGAGUUCAAACUAGAUACGAAAAAUGCCCUUUUUAUGUGAAAAGAAGCACAGAAGCUUUACUCUUCGAAGGUUUCUGGAAGGAAAAAUGGCCUUCUUAUUUUUAAAAAUAAAUGGGUAAAGCCCUGAAACUGUUGCUGAAAAGCUGAGAAAAGGCUGAUUUAUGGACCCUUUUGCGCCCUUUUCCUCCUAUUACUAUCUCUGCCUUUCCCACCCUCUCUUCAGCAUUCGAAAAUCUGGGGAAGGCGAAAAAGAAAUUCAAAAUGGACCAUAUGUUCAAAAAAGGAAAAGCUUCCUUUUGGAACCCUUUUUGCGCCCUUUUUCCAACUCAUAACGGCUCUUUUUACUUUCUCUCCCUUCCCACCCUCUCUCGAGUCUUUAAAAUUUUAGAAGAGAUGAAAAAUGGACUAAAAAUGUAUAUACAAAAUUCGCAGUUUUUCUCCCUGUAAAAGACAAUUUUUUCAUAACUGAGUCUUUUAGCGGCUUAUUUUUCGCAUCAACUCCCGUUUUAGACUAUUCUGGCUCUGACAGGGACUUCAAAGAAAAAGACUUCAUUUUAGCCUAAUAUGACCAAUUUUUCACUUUAGUUCCAUUCCAAGCUCCUCUUCAAUGCUUUAAAUUGGAAUAUUUGAAAAUUUCCUAUAACUUUUUUGUCUAAACUCGAGGAAACUUGACUUCUCUGCGCCCUCUUUUACCUAGUUUCAUAAUUUUCUAUGAAAUGAAGGUGAGAGAAAAGAGGGCGCAGACGGAUUAGACUCUUUAAAACCUUGGGGAAAACGUUUUUUAGAGAAAACAAAUGAAAAAAGGAUUUUAUGAACAAAAUUUGGAUUUGUUUCGAAAACCUCUCAUUGUAUUUUUGGGCUUCAAGCCAACUUUUUUCAUAAUUAUCACUUUUUUUUGAGGUGUAUGAUUUCAAACUACAGGAAGCUUAGAAGCUUUAUUUUUUUACUAAAAAUUUGUUUUCUGAAGGGUUUUUGAAGUAUACUUGCUUGUUUUUCUGUGCUUGAAGCCUGUUUUUUCCAUAUUUAUUAUUUUUUUCUAUUUUUUCUCUUUGAAGUUUAUCUUUUGAAAGUACAGGGAGCUCAGAAGCUCAUAAUUUCUCUGAAAAUUUGAUUUUUCGAAGAUUUUUUGAAGUCUCAACCAUCUUUUUUGUGUCUUCUAAGCUUUAUGUUUUUUUAUUUAUAACUUGGAAAACUUUUUUCUCAUCCAGUUAUAUAAAUUCAAGCUUCAGGAAGCUCCAAAGCUCUUAUUUUUUACCGAAAAUUUGGUUUCUGAAGGGUUUUUGAAGUCUAUUUUCUUGUGUUUCUGUACUUCAAGCCUGUUUUUUUUAUAUUUUCUUACCUUUUUUUCUACGUUUCUUUUGAGGCAUAUUAUGUCAAACUACAGGAAGCUCCGAAGCUUAUAAAUUGAUUUUUUUCGAAGAUUUUUUUGAAGUCUCAACCAUCGUUUUUCUUCUAAGCCUAAUUUUUUUUCUUAUUUAUUACUUUAAAAAAACUUUUUUUCACAUCUAGUUAUAUAAAUUCAAGCUUCAGAAAGCAUGUUUUUUUACCGAAAAAUUUGGUUUUCUGAAAAGUUUUUUUGAAGUCUAUUUGCUUGUUUUUUUCUGUUCUUGAAGCCUGUUUUUUUCUAUAAUUUCUUAUUUUUUUCUGCGUUUUUUCUUUUUGAGGUAUAUCUUUUUCAAAGUACAGGGAGCUCAGAAGCUCAUAAUUUCUCUGAAAAUUUGAUUUUUCGAAGAUUUUUUGAAGUCUCAACCAUCGUUUUUUUGUGUCUUCUAAGCCUAAUUUUUUUUCUUAUUUAUUACUUGAAAAACUUUUUUUUCACAUCUAGUUAUAUAAAUUCAAGAUUCAGGAAGCUCAAAAAGCUUAUGAUUUUUACUUAAUUUUUUUGGUUCUACGAAGGUUUUUUGAAGUCUAUUUGCUUGUUUUUUUCUGUACUUCAAGCCUGUUUUUUUAUCAUAUUUAUAACUUGGAAAAAUUUUUUUCUUCAUUCAGCUAUAGAAAUUCAAGCUUUAGAAAGCAUUUUUUUACCGAAAAUUUGGUUUUCUGAAGGGUUUUUUUGAAGUCUAUUUGCUUGUUUUUUUCCUGUACUUGAAGCCUGUUUUUUUCCAUAUUUAUUACUUUUUUUCCAUAUUUUUUUACUUUGAGGUAUAUCUUUUUAAAAAGUACAGGAAGCUUAGAAGCUUAUAAUUUUUUUUAAUUCGAUCUUUAUGCUUUUUUUCCUUGUCAGACCCUGUUCCACGUGUCGGAAGUGAUGCUCUCCGCGUACAAUUUUAACGAAAUUCUCGUCCCGAAACCCGAAAAAGAGGAUGGAAAUUCGUCGACGGCCUCCAUGGACUCGACAAAUGAGGAGGAUCUGAUUUCUUAUCCGGAGAAGAUUUCAAUGUUCGCCUUAGUUUUGUACCUUUUUUGUAUCAAAAGCUGAAAAAAAAUUGGGAAAAAAAUGCGAAAAGUUGAGAGUAUUAUAAAAAUCACCUUUUUGAGAUUGCCAACCAAAAAUAAUGGGUCAUUGUAGGAAUUUUCAGGAAUUUUUUUUUCAAAAACAAGUUUUUUUAGGAAACAUUCAUUUUUUUAAAUUUUUGGAUGAGGAGGUUUCUACAAACUAGGAAUUCAUAUCAUGUUCCGAUUUUGAAUCAGACUUGAAACAUAGGGCAACAGGGUGGAAAAUAAUUUUUCGCUAUGACUUCAUUUCUAGAAUUUCACGUCAUGUUUUGAAUUUGAAACGAUUUUUUUGUCAGGAACAUGUUGAUUUUCAGAAUAAUCCUGUCGUUUUGCCAAAAAUUCAGCCCCAGUGACCUCCUAAUCCCGGUCAUCCGCAUGGCGACCGUUUUAUCGGAAUUUGAGGUAUUUUUACGGGGUAUAUUUAAAAUUUUCCUGUUGAUUUCAGUACCGAGAACAUCACCACAACGUGAAGAAGGUGAUGACCUACUGGCCGAAAUGGUUCACGGCUUGUUUCGAACGCGGCGAGGUGCUCGACGAGAAAGGUCGGCAAAAAAUCGAAGUUUUCGGAGAGGAGUUGAACCUGGGACCGUCUAGGUGGCAUUGGAGAGCCUCGCCGGUUGAGCUAGGGUAGAUUAAUUAAGCCUAAAUGUUGAAUAGAAGUCAUGAAUUGUCAGUCGAAGAGUAUAGAUCAGGAGAAAAAAUGGCAAAAAUGAAGUUUCUGGAGAGGAGUUGAACCUGGGACCGUCUAGGUGGCAUUGGAGAGCCUCGCCGGUUAAGCUAGGGUAGAUUAAUUAAGCCUAAAUGUUGAAUAGAAGUCAUGAAUUGUCAGUCGAAGAGUAUAGAUCAGGAGAAAAAAUGGCAAAAAUGAAGUUUCUGGAGAGGAGUUGAACCUGGGACCGUCUUGGUGACAUGGGGGAGCUUUACCAGUUGAGCUAGAGUAGCAGAAAUGAAUCUGAAGCUAGUAUAGAAGUCAUGAAAAGUUUGAGACAAGCAAAAAUGGCAAAAUGAAGGUUUUGGAAGUGAUUUGAACUUUGAACCGUCUUGGUGACAUUGGAGAGCUUUACCGAUUGAGCUAGGGCAGCAAAAUCGAGCCCAAAGCUAGUAGAAGUCAAGAAAUGUAUGAGACAAGCAAAAAUGGCAAAAUGAAGAUUUUGGAGAGGAGUUGAACCUGGGACCGUCUUGGGGGCAUUGGAGAGCUUUACCGAUUGAGCUAGGGCAGCAAAAUCGAGCCCAAAGCUAGUAGAAGUCAAGAAAUGUAUGAGACAAGCAAAAAUGGCAAAAUGAAGAUUUUGGAGAGGAGUUGAACCUGGGACCGUCUGGGGGGCAUUGGAGAGCUUUACCGAUUGAGCUAGGGCAGCAAAAUCGAGCCCAAAGCUAGUAGAAGUCAAGAAAUGUAUGAGACAAGCAAAAAUGGCAAAAUGAAGAUUUUGGAGAGGAGUUGAACCUGGGACCGUCUUGGGGCCAUUGGAGAGCUUUACCGAUUGAGCUAGGGCAGCAAAAUCGAGCCCAAAGCUAGUAGAAGUCAAGAAAUGUAUGAGACAAGCAAAGAUGGCAAAAUGAAGCUUCUGGGAGGAAUCUGAACUUUGGAAGUUUCAAAAGUUUCACCUGCUGAGCUGGUCUAGCUAUCUGCUCUCAGCUGAGAGGGCUUGAACCUGCGAGUACUUCACUAAUUUUUAAGAUCGUAAGUUCUUUGCUCCCCCUUAUUUUGAAAGGUUCCUCUAUUCUAAGGCAUCAUCGCACUAUAUGUUGUAGUUGAUCCCAAAGAACUUUGCUUUGCAGCUCUCCAAGUAUAACCCUAUGCAUUGAAAAGUGUGUCACUUUACAAAUGAAUGAACACGUGCGAGAACAUCUGGGUGGCUUUUUUAUAUGAAUAUGUAAAGAACGGACAGUAGUGAAGGGGUUGACUUAGAGUCGAAUGAAGUGGCCAAUUGAGGAGUCGAGCUCCAAAGCUGAGAUGGACAGUAGUGAAGGGGUUGCUCUAGCCUCGAAUGGAGUGGCCACUUGAGGAACCGAGUUCCAGAGCUGGAACUAGUGAAAGUUGUCUUAAAGUUUGCUUUGACUUGAGCGUGGCCUUGAGGGUUUUCCAAACAAGUUAUCACUUCAGGGUCUCGAAUAAUGACCACUUAAAGAAGAAUUUGAAUAAUGUGAGUACAAGAACUCUUCGUAGCGUUGAAGUAAGGAAUAAUGGCAGGUUAAUUUAGACAUUCAAAGGAUCACUCAAGGGUCCAAAUGCUCUUGAAAAGAUUAAUUUUAGAUAACUGAUUUUCAAAUGGAAGUUGGAGGAAUUGAUGGAGCUUUUUGAGAAAUUUAAGGUUCUAGUGGUCUUUUAAGGGUAGCGGUCUUUUAUGGUAGCCUUUUAUAGUCUGUGUGCCAAGACUUGGAAUUUCACCGAACGACAUUCCGCUCUUCCGCUGCGUCGCGAAGCGUCUUUGCGAGCCUCGGUCUCGCUUUGAAUUGGUUCUCAUUUCUGAUAGAUAAACUGUUCCACUAAGAACGCGUUUUGGUCGAGUUAUUAAAUAAAAGAAUAAAUUAAAAACGCGGCCGAGCAGGCAGCGGAACAGCGGAAUGUCGUUCGGGGAAGUUCCAAGUUGUGAUACGCAGACUAUAGUGGUCUUUUUAAUUGAGGGACUGCUUCUAGUGGUCUUUGAAGUCUUACCGGUCACCUUCUGAAGUUUCUGAAUUGUCCUCUUAAGGGUUUUUUAACUAAGUGAUCUCUUCAGGGUCUCGAAUAAUGGCCACUUAAGAAAUACACUUUGAAGAUACGAUUCUUCUUCUUCCUACGCCUUUGUACCGCUUGAGCGGCGUCGGCGCCCCAAGUCGAUUAGCCGAGGUCCUAUCCUGAUGAUAAUCAGUGGACUGGCUCGAGUGACAUAUCCGUCCUUGUGUGUGACGGCUGGGGAUUAUGAAGCCGUGGUUUCCCACUACCAACAUUUCCUAAACCCCUUGGUUGGGUCGGGGCGGUGAUCGAACUUGUGACCCUGUGGACCGUAGACAGGCACACAACCUGUUGCGCUACGGCGCGCCCUUUGAAGAUACGAUUCUUUAUAGGAAAAUCGUAAGUUUUUGUGGUGACUUUCCAUAGAACUCAAGUUAGGAGUUAUGGAAUAAAAAGGUUAACUUGGACACUGAAGUGAUCACUCAAGGGUUCAAACGAUUCUGAAUAGGUCAAUUUUAGGCAACUUGAACUGAUUUUAAAAUAUAUAAACGUAGGAAAUUGGUGAAGCUUUUUGUGAAAUUUAGCGUUCUAGUGGCCUUUUAAGGAAAAAACAUUGAAGUGCUGCUUCUAGUGGUCUUUGAAGUCUUACUGGUUACCUUCUAAAGUUUCUGAAUGGUCAUCUUGUUUUUUCAACUAAGUGAUCCCUUCAGGGUCUGGAAUAAUGGCCACUUAAGAAAUACACUUUGAAGAUACGAUUCUUUAUAGGAAAAUCGUAAGUUUUUGUGGUUACUUUCCGUAAAACUAAAGUUGAGAAUUAUGGAAUGAAAAGAUAACUUUUAGAGUGUUGCCUUUGGAGUGAUCACUCAAGGGUCCAAGCAAUUCUGAAAAGAUACAUUUUAGGUUAUUUGAACUUUUUUUGGAGCUGGAGUAGGAUCUGGUAAAAUUAGCCUUCCUAAAAAGGGUCCUUCUAGAGAGGAAAGUUGGCUAGUGAUCCCUGAAGCGUUCUAGACUUUCUACAUAGUCGUAUAAAACCGAACUUUCCUGAAAAGACCACUCAAGUAAUCACUUUAAGAGACCCCUGAAGCGUUACGAGCCUUCUGGAAAGCCUUCAGCCGGACGGAAUGCUUCGACUCCGACGCCCAGCACUGUGUGAUCAACUACAUCGUGAUAACAUUGAUCAAAACGUUGAUCGACGUUGCCGAGGAGGUGAUUAGGCUGUAGCUAUUUUUGAAAAGUUGAGAAUUUUCGGUUAAAUAAUCGAUGAGAACAUUUUUUCUGAUUUUCAGAUGAAUAAUUUCGAGCGAAUUAUAGUUGUUAUUAUUUUUUUAAUUUUUCAGCUUCUAUUUGAACUUUUCGUUUUUUUAUUUUUAGCUACAGUAAUCUUCAAAGUAGGCGGAGCUUGUCAAAACCUGAGACUAUUUCGCGUGUCCCCGGAAAUAAAACGGAUUUUUUUGGCCUUCUCCAAGUGGUAUCACGAGGGUAACUUUUCAUCCCGUUAGUGAUCCCUUACGACUUUUUCGCGUCUCCCCCCCUGGAAAAAAAAAACGGAUUUUUUUGGCCUUCUCCAAGUGGUAUCACGAGGGUAACUUUUCAUCCCGUUAGUGAUCCCUUACGACUUUUUCGCGUCUCCCCCCCUGGAAAAAAAAAACGGAUUUUUUUGGCCUUCUUCAAGUGGCAACUCGAGUGUAACUUUUCAUCCCUCUAGUGAUCUCUUACGACUAUUUUGCGUGUUCUUCCCCCAAAUAUAGACUUUUUUUUUGACAUCUUCAUACUUUCACAAAAUCUUCACAUUUUCCAGUUUGAAUAAAAUUUAAAAAAAUCCUAGAACUCUUGAAACUUUUCCAGGAGAUGACCGACCCACGAGGCCAGGACUACCAGAUCCCCAAGAACAUUUCCUGGCUCAUCCACAAGUUCUUGAUACGAGAAAAAGACGUUCCACAGUGAGUGACGUCACCAAUCGAUUAAUCAAUAAGUGGUAUCACAGGAAAAUCCACAAAUUGAUCGGCACUCUGGUUGUUGGAAACGACUACUUGCACGACGAAGGCUUGUCGCUGGACAUGCUGUUGGUGAGGCUAGGAGCGGCGGCUCAAAUGGCCAUCCUCUGCGAUCCGAAGCUGUUCCCGGUCAAGAAACGAGGUAAUCAUUAUGGAAAUGGGGGGGGGGGGUUCUGCUUAGACGUGCGCAAGAACAGAUCUCAUUAAGUUCUGAGAGGUAGAUUCACGCAAUUAUGAGAAAUUGAUAACGAAAAGUAGGCCAGGGAAGAUGUGUUGGAAUAGAAGAAACAUGGUCUGACCACGGUAAUGCAGUAGUGUCUAACUUCAGAAAGACAUCAAAUCCUUCAUUUUGUCGACUAGACGGUGAACAAGAAGUUUUGAAGCUAUAACGAACAACCGCCUUCGGCGAACUAGACGUCCAAACUUGUAGUUGAUCAAGUUGAAAACAUGGUCUUACGGUCCUUCUCCUCGUUCUUCUCCGCAUAGUUCAUGCAGUUGCGCCGUGACGAGCUCAGAAUGUAGCUUAUAUCGUGCUGGAGAUGAUCUUGGGUUCCUUCGGCUCGUUCUUCUGGUCGAUCCAGUUGCCCCUUGACGAGCUCAGAAUGUAGCUGAGAUCUCCGGCUUCAGUUUAUCCUGAAGAAACCUAGUGAAGACUUGGACGGCUCCAGGGGCUCCUGAAGACUUUGAGAGGUCUUUUAGUGAUACUUGAACUAAUAUUGAGUCUCCAGGACUUCUGUUUAUGCUGAAGGAACCUAGUGAAGUUUUUGACGACCUCAUGAGCUUCUCAAGACUUUGAGAGGUCCGUUAGUAUUACUAAAACUGAUUAGAGUCUCCAGGGCUUAAGUUUGGGUUGAAGGAACCUUUUUUUUUGACGACCUCAGGAACACCUGAACACUUUCAGAGGUCUUCUAGUGGCUCUAGACUCAAUUUAGAGUUUCCUCGAAAAUACUUUGACGGCUCCAGGGACUUCUGGAGAUUUCGAGAGGUCAUUUAAUGAUACUAGAAUCAAUUGAGUCUUCAGGAAUUCAGUCAAGAUUGAAGAACCUAAGGGAACACUUGAACGGCUCCAGGAAUUUCUGAAAACUUUUAGGGGUCUUUUAGCAAGAAUUUUAACGAUGUUUGGGAUCGGUUUUUCUUCUUUUGAGAGGCUAUAAGCAGUUCUAGAGCCCUCGGAGCUAUCAGGGACCCUUCAGGAACAGAAGUGUGUGAAAAAACUGUAUCAGAUUGUCAAAAUUUGUGCGAAAAAAAAGAAAAAUAUAUUUCAGAAACGCCAAGCGAAACAGUACAAGACGUGUUGAACAUAAUCGACGAGGAAACUCAAAAAAUCGCUGAAAAAGCGGCGGACGACGACGAAGAAGUCAACCGACGGGUUCAGGAAGUCAACGAAAUACUGAGGAAACCUCAGAAAAUGCCUUUCGCUGAAGAAGAAGAAGAACGAGGAAAUUCUUAA